GUGUGAAUAUAGGAAUCCCGGCGCUCCUUUCCUUUCAAAACAGAGCAGGGAGUCAAACGUCAGCAGCAACAGUCACAACUCCUGUCUCAGCUGCCAUGGAGUUUCUUGAGAGAACUUACCUUGUGAAUGACCAAGCCACCAAGAGGUAUACCUUCACUCUAGACAGAGAACUUCGACAGAAACCUGUGCAUAAAGAUCAGUGUCCUGGAGACAGGCCAGAGCCGCCAGAGGCAGGAGGCAUCUAUCACUGCCACAGCAGCUUCAAGGCCACAGAGAACAGGUCGAGCAAGCACGUGCAUGCCAAGUGGAGACUCUGUGCUGCUUCAGCGAUAUGCUUCAUCUUUAUGAUGGCAGAGAUGGUCGGUGGAUAUGUUGCUGGGAGUCUUGCUGUCCUCACUGAUGCUGCUCAUCUCUUAAUUGACCUGACUAGUUUCCUGCUCAGUCUCUUUUCCUUAUGGCUGUCAUCACGGCCUCCCUCCAAGCGGCUGACCUUUGGGUGGUACCGAGCAGAGAUCCUUGGUGCCCUGCUGUCUGUCCUUUGCAUCUGGGUGGUGACUGGUGUGCUGGUGUACCUUGCCUGUGAGCGCCUGGUGUAUCCUGAUUACCAGAUCCAAGCAAGCAUCAUGAUCAUUGUUUCAGGCUGUGCAGUGGCAGCCAACAUUGUACUAACUGCAAUCCUGCACCAACGGCACCUUGGCCACAACCACAAGGAUGUACAAGCUAAUGCCAGUGUCAGAGCAGCUUUUGUGCACGCCCUUGGGGAUGUAUUUCAGAGCAUCAGUGUGCUAAUUAGUGCUCUCAUUAUCUACUUUAAGCCAGACUACAAAAUUGCUGAUCCAGUGUGCACAUUUAUCUUUUCCAUCCUGGUUUUGGUCAGUACCAUCAUGAUCUUAAAAGACUUCUCCAUCUUACUCAUGGAAGGCGUUCCAAAGGGCCUGAGUUACAACAGCGUGAAAGAGCUCAUCCUCGCAGUUGAUGGUGUGAUGUCUGUGCACAGUCUGCACAUCUGGUCGCUUACAGUGAACCAAGUGAUUCUCUCUGUUCAUGUUGCUACAGCUGCUAGCCAGGACAGCCAGUCAGUCCGGACAGGGAUUGCUCGAGCCCUCAGCACUAGCUUUGAUCUGCACUCUCUCACCAUCCAAAUAGAAUCUGCAUCAGACCAGGAUCCCAGCUGCCUUUUCUGUGAAGACCCACAGGACUAGCUCGGCCCCACCGCCAGCUUCCUGUGUCUCCCAGGACAUGAGAAACUGCUGCAAAGUUUCAGUAACAGGCAGUGAGGCAACCAGCAGAAUAGAUAUGAGCAAGUCAUGGCAAUGUAGCAUGCAUGUUCUUCCUUUUUAUUUAUCCACACUCACCAUGAAUGAAGAUGCACAAGAUUCAUCAGUUUCUUGGAUUAUAUCAUAAUCAGUAGUUGUUUCCAAUCAUAGGAAUAUAUACAGAGAUUAAUCCUAACUGGGAGAUGAAAUAGCAGAUGUUUGCAACCACAGGUAAUAAAUGGUUCACUUCCCUACAAUAAUGGGUAUACCUGAAUUCAGGAAUGCCUUUCCAGGGAUCUUCAGCAUGAGACACAAAUAUUUGGUCAGAAUCUUGAGGCAUUAGAACUCGUCUCUUCCACCAUCUCCAAACAGGCAUUCAUUAUUUAUGAAAUGGUGUGAUUCCCUCUUUUAAUCUUGCAUGUAAAUUACGAUGCCGUAUGUGUAUGCUACUGAAUUAUAUUUUACACUACUGCAGUGCUCUAUGUGUAAGCUACUGAAUUCUAUUUUAGUUCUCUCUGCAAACGGUAUGGGAGAAGGAAAAAGCUCUGAAAUUGCUAGCUUUUGAAUGUUUUCAUAAAUUGUAAUUUAAUAAUGCAAGAAAAUGAGGAGGCACAGAACAGGAUGCUUCUUAUCCAGGUUACAGGGAAAGGACUU